AUGGAGAGCGAUGACAUCUGCUCCUCCCCUCCACAGGUACGUGGCCUCCUCCCUCAGCGUGGCGCCCUUGUAAGGGCUUCGUUUCCCUUUCCAGGCUUCCUCCCACCCUCUGCACCUGCACGGCUUUAAAGGGCACCCUUGAGAGAGCGGAGCGGGGCAGCCGUCAUUGAGAUUGUGGUAGUUGUUAUUUAGGAGCAUUGGACAGGGGAAAAUCUGCGUUCAAAUCCUCACUCAGCCGUAGCCGCUCAAUUGGGUGUCCUUUGGCCAGUCGUUCUCUUUUAGCCUACCUCACAGUGUUAUUGUGGGGAUAAAGUGUGCAUGUGUUUGUUGGCUGAAAGGUGAGGGGAGAUCACUAGUCAUGGAAGUUAUGUUUUUGUUGCUCCAUUUAUAUCCUGCUUAUUUCACAAGAUUUGUUUGUAGUAAAAUGAAUGAGGCAAUAUUAUUAUCAGUUAAAACAUUUAAAAUGACUGUUUAAAAGCAUUGAAAAGAUAAUUGAAAACCAUGGUAAGUUAAAAGGCAGAUAUCAUUCCCUUCCUUUCAAGGAGUCCAUGGUGGCAGACACAUCAAUUAAAAGUUAUAAAAACAGUUAAAAAUAUUCUCUGAACUAGUGAUGUUUGGGUUGCUAUGAAUAACAUCAUUCAGCCAUAGGCAUUUUUGCACAUUUUUUAAACUCCUCCUGAAAGUUAGCUACAGUACAAGGGAGACAGAAGCACCUCACCAGAGAGGGCAUACCACAAAUAGGGAACUGCCACAGAGAAGGCCCUGCUAUGGAUCAGUGCCAACCAGGCAGUCCCCAGUGGCAGUAUAGUAUACCUACAACUUAUGCACAUUUAACUUGUGCACAUUCAGCUUUACAUGUGUGGCAAAAAAUUUUUUUGAAUAGGGCAUGGUGUUCCGCGAAAAAUGACUUUGGCAAUCCUGCCUGCCAUUGAACCCAAUUUACAAUUUUGGCUUUAGGCGAGAUCGCUGGAACUAACUCCUAUGUAAGAUGCGGGCUUACUAUACUACUGUAUACAGUUUUCAGAUUAAGAGACUUAAUGCAAGUUACUGAAUUGCUACUUAAUGCAAGUUAAUGAAGAGAAGCAGGAAAGGAAAUUGCCUUCAGGUCCUGCUUUAAGAUUUUCCUGGAGGCAAGCGCCCUAACUUAGUGCUAUAAGAAUAAUAAUAUGCUGUUAAGAAAUACAGAUUUGUUGCAUUUGGAAGGUUAUGACAAUAGAUUUGGUUGGCACGCAUAUCUAUGGUAUAAUAAAACAAAAAUCCAUAAAGGAUUUGGUAAUCACAUAUUUUGAAGAUCUUUAUAUGAAGUAUGGGACAGGUAUAAAAACUUAUUAGAACGUAAAACACCAUGGUGGUUAUCUCCAUUAGAAGCUAUGAGUGUGAAAAAGAUAAAUAUGAGUAAAAAUUGGGUUACCUAUGAGAAAUUGGGGGGGGGGAGGAAAUAAAUGGAAAAUGAAAUCAUAUGAAGAAGUUAAAGAAUAUGUAAAUGAUUGGUUGCACUAUCGCCAAGUCAAUGAAAUAUAUAAAGAGGCUUUAAAGGAAAAAGGAUUUGAUGAUAAAAGAAUCAAAAUUUGAAAUAGAAAUAUUAAACAAUGAAUGUAAAACAAUGUCUAAAAUGUAUAAAAUACUGUUGGAAUGGCAUUUGAAAGAUGAGGAAGUGAAAUUGGUAAUGAUACAUUGGGCAAAAGACUUUGGAUAUAAUAUACAGCUUGAAGAAUGGGAAAGGUUGUGGAAUGAAAGGAUAACAUUUACAGCCUGUAAUGCUUUGAAAGAGAAUAUGAUGAAAAUGAUGUAUAGAUGGUAUAUUACACCAGUGAAAUUAGCUAAAAUGUAUAAGACAAAUAAUAAAUGUUGGAAAUGUAAAGAAAAAGAAGGAACAUUUUAUCAUAUGUGGUGGGAAUGUAAAAAAGUAAAGAACUUCUGGGAAAUGAUAUAUAAUGAGAUGAAAAACAUGUUGAAAUAUACAUUCUUAAAAAAACCAGAAGCAUUUUUACUUGAUAUUAUAGGUCAGGACAUUAACAGGCAAGAUGUUAAAUUGUUUUUAUAUGCAACAACUGCGGCAAGAGUAUUGUUAGCCCAGAAAUGUAAACAAGAAGAAAUUCUGACGAAAGAAGAAUGGCAGACGAAAUUAAUGGACUAUGCAGAAUUGGACAAAAUGACAGGAAGGAUUCGAAACCUGUGGGACCAGAGAUUUACAGAAGAUUGGAAGAAGUAUAUGAAUUAUUUGAAGAGCAACUGUAAUCAACAAAUUACGCUAGUAGGACUACAAGAAGUUUUGUAAGGCGAAAUAUACGAAGUGUUACAAAGUAGAAAAUGAUAGAGAUAUUGGUUAUGAAUUUGAAAUGUAAUAAGGAAGAUAAGAAAUGCAUACUGAGAGAUUAGAUUGGAAAAUUUUCAGACAGGAUUGAUGGAAGUCAAAAAUUUGAUUAAGAUGUAAAAGUAUGUUUAAUUACUGUUGAAAAUGAUAUGUUUAAAAAACUAAUAAAAAUUAUAUAUAUAUAAAUAUAAUAAUAGUAAUAGUAAUAAUAAUAAUAAUAAUAAUAAUAAUAAUAAUAAUAGUUUUUUAUUUGUAUCCCACCCUCCCCAGCCAAAGCUGGGCUCAGAGAAUGUGUGUUAUAUCCAAUAUUGCUUCUGUUCAGAAUAGGUUCAUUGAAAUUGAUGGGCAUGACUAAUGUAAGCAUAUUGAUUUCAUUGGGUUCACUCUGAGUGGCUAGUUACAACCUUGUUGUUUGGUAGCAGAAGGUCUUAGGUUCAAUCCUUGGAAUUUGCAGUUAGACUGAGAAGGUCUUUGGUCUGAAACUCCAGAGAUCUGUUGCCACUUAGUGUAGACACUACUGAGCUGGGUGGACAGAUGGCCUGACCUGGUGUAAGGAAGUUUUUCAUGUCUCUGUGGACUUUAGAUCUGAUUCAUGAUUCUCUUAGGUCCUUAAAGGGUGGCUCUAUCAGCUGCCAUUAGCCAUGAUUGCUAAAUAAACCUCCAUGUUUCAUGAUGGUCUAACAUGGAGUAGUUCAACUCAGAGUAAGCCAUUUCCGACCUUGGGAGGAGAGGGGGUUGCGGGUGACCCCCUCCCACACACGCGGGGGCUGGCCUUUUGCCCCUGAGAGAUCCAGGGAAUCCCCGGGCGUGCCUGCGACCCGACCCGCCAAUCGGCGGGCUGGGGAGGCGUGGCCUAGCCUACUUAAGGCCAGGCACGCCCGGGGACCGCCUCUCCAAAGAAGUCAAGGCGGAUCUGGGAAUUUGGUUACAAUUCCUCGACAAGUACAACGGUAUAUCCUUGUGGCAGGAUUCCAUGGCACUCGACGCUGAUUUCCAAGUUCAGUCGGACGCAGCAGGUUCAUUGGGUUUUGGAGUUUAUUUCAGGGGCCAGUGGUGUGCCCAAAAGUGGCCUGCAGACUGGCAGGGACAGCCCAUUACUCGGGACCUUACAUUCUUGGAAUUUUUCCCUAUCGUGGUAGCUGUGCAUCUUUGGGCAGAGCAGUUCCGCAAUCACAGGGUUUGUUUUAACACAGAUAACCAGGCAGUAGUAGCAGUUCUUUCUAGACAGUCCGCGCGCUCCACCAGGGUAGGAAACUUGUUACGGUCCUUCGUCCUCCUUUGCUUGGAACAGAAUAUAUAUUUUUCUGCCAAAUUCGUACCUGGCAUUAAUAAUGACAUCGCGGAUGCUCUGUCUCGUUUUCAGAUGGAGCGCUUCCGCUCAUUAGCGCCGGAUGCGGAGCAAUCAUUGAUGUCUUUCCCGGAGCAUCUCUGGAGCCUUGGGAACAGGAAGUGAUGAAGGGAGUAUUCGGUGCAGUUGCCCCUUCCACAAUGAGAUCAUACAGGAAGGCUUGGGCUGACUUUUUAAAGUUCCGCAGCAGAAUGCCCAGCACUAGGCAGAAUUCGAUUCCCUCAACGAAGGAGGUCCUCCGCUACUUAACCCAUUUGAAGGAGCUGGGCAGGGCACCAAAGACUCUCAAUAUUCAGUCCGCUGGGAUUUCCUAUUUCUGUAAAGCCUUUUUCGCCACCGACCCGUGCGCGCAAUUUAUCGUGCGUAAGACUUUGGAGGGUUGGUGCCGGCAACAGCCCCCCAGCUCUGACAAGAGGAGGCCCAUAACUUAUGAUAUUCUGAUCCAGAUACACAAAAAAUUACGAGAAAUAUGCUGGUCAAAGUAUGAAGCUUGCCUAUUCUCUGCCGCUUAUUCCAUAGCCUUCUUUGGUGCCCUGCGCAUAGGUGAGGUAGUCUGCGAGGGAGGGGUUGCCCACUGCCAGAGGGGCAUCCUCUUAAGUGAUCUGACCCUAUCAGAGACCGACCUAAUAAUUCAAGUAUGGAGCUCUAAGACGGACCAACAGGGUAGGGGGGCCCUCCUGCGGUUACCAGCCGCACAAGCUAGUGGUCCCUGUCCGGUUAGGGAUACGAGGCGUUUUCUCUACUUAAGACCCAAUAGCCCCGGCCCCUUGUUUAUUCACGCGAAUGGAUCGCUCUUGGCCAGGCAUCAGUUUACGCGGGUGAUGCGCUUGGCGUUGGCAGCAUGCGGACUGCCCGCGGCUGAAUUCGCGGCUCACUCUUUCCAGAUCGGGGCAGCGACCACUGCAGUGCACCUUGGGCUCUCCGCAGAGAGGAUAAAGGACUUAGGGCGGUGGAAAUCUAACGCAUACAAAGCUUAUGUGAGAAAGAACCUAUGACUAGCGAUUGUUCUCCUGACCUUGGUUUUUCUGUCUAUUUGCUUUUCAGAAUACAAGCGGGUGUGCAUUUGGUUGGUGGGCCACAGCAUCAUGCACUGGGCCAAGAAUCGUGCCAUGUGUACCGGGUUGGGUCUGAACUUGAGCUUGCCUGCAAAUGUGGAGCUGGUGUGGAUAGCGCGAAGGGGCAUGCGCUGGAGUGAAUUCAAGCCAGCUGUAAUGGCGAGAGCCGCCUAUGAGGGUCCACCUGAUGCACUGGUUAUCCAGUUGGGGGAAAACGACCUAGCGUACCGCAAAGCUAUUGACUUGAGAUGGAACAUUUUCGACGAUUUUGCUGAUCUGAGGGCGGUUUACCCAAACAUUACUAUCUUGUGGUCCUCGUUGCUUGAGAGGAGGACAUGGAGGGAUUGUGUGAGCCCGGUUGGAAUCAAUAAAGCAAGAAAGGUCUUGGAGCGGGCUGUGGAACGUAGAGUGGCGGCUCUGGGCGGGUGCGUCAUAGGACACCCAGGCAUCCAGUACAGCAACGAGGCCCUCUACAGAUGGGAUGGCGUGCAUCUGUCAGAUGCUGGAAACGAUAUUUGGCUGGGGGACAUCAUAGCAGGGAUUAGGAGUUGGUUGCAGGUUUGAAGGUAUUGACGGCGAGCUUUGCUCGAGUGGCGGUUAGGCAUUGGCAGGGGUUUAUUGUUAUGCAAAUGAAUGGGGGGGAAGGAAGCGCCAUCACCUUCCCCCAAGGAAAGGGUAGUCCGGUAGAGGACUCCGGGGGGCGUUGCCUUGUCCGAAACCUAGGGAGGUGAGGGCCUCCGGCAAGCCCCCGAGCGGUGACACCCGUGGGAUCCUAGUUGGCGUACUUCAACAGGACUCCCACGGUUUGUGGUUAACCCUUCCCAGUCUGCAUGCCGGGUAGUCAAUAGGAGCCAAUGCCUAAGGCCAAUACCUUUCAAUUCUGUAAUUAAUAAAGUUGUGGCCUUUUUAUGCCCAUUAACCUUAAAUAAUGUGUCCAGUGUCUUCAUUUCACAUGGGGGAGGGGUCUUGCCACACAACUUGAUCCUGGGGGCAUAAAACUGGGGAGAAUAUUGCAUUCAAUCCUUGCUUGUGAACGUCAUUGAAAGCAUUUGUAUGGUCUCUGUUAGAAGAAAGCUGGUGCUCUAGUUGAAAUUUGGAUCUCAUACAGCCAGAAAGUUGUCACUUCCCAGGAAGUUCUUGUUUAUUUCUAUAACACUGCUUAAUAUACCAAUUCCUUUGCAAUUAUAUCACUUAUCCUGAGGCACCCACACUUGGCUGCCCAUUCACCAUUGUGAGAGCAUAGAGAGUAACCCCUGUCUUCUGUUCUCACAUUUGAAUACUGUCCAGAGGCAUUUCUGCUGUCCAGGUGUGCUUAGAGCAGGGAUAGGGAACCUGUGGCUCUCCAGAUGUUGUUAAACUCUUAACUCCCACUAGCCCCUAUCAGUAUGGCCAGUGGUCAGGGAUGAUGUGGGCAAUAGGCCCAACAUCAUUGGAGGGCCACAGCUUCCCCAUCCCUUGCUUAUUGGUUCCACUGUUGAUAUCCCUGUUUUGGUUCUUGUUCCCCUCUUGCUUCCACCCACCUUUCAGAUGGUCCUAUUUUUUUUGCUCUUGUAUUUUAAUAUAUCAAAUGUCCUGUGUUUCAUCUGUUAGGGACUACUUUUGUUUACACUGAAAAUGCUCCCCCUAUGCUGUAUGAGCCUACUUCUGAUGUGUAUCACAUAUGAACCUAAAACUGAAGAUUGCUUUCUAACUGUCCUGGUGUGAUGGCCACAAUGUCUUGCCAUCCAGGAAAGUGGAACUCAUAACUUUGCUUACUGAUGGUUUGCUUACUCAUGUUACUCAAACAACUGUACUUGCCCCUUUAGCGCUCUUUGGAAUUGUCUUUGAGAAUGCCUCUGACUGACCAAUCUCUUACCUUUUUCCAUAUUCCUCCUCAAAACCCACUUCUGUGAAGAAUUUGGUAUUUACCUGCUAGUUCUCAUACUAUGCCUUAUGCCUGCUAAACCUAAGUGCAUGUAACUUCAAUAUUUGCUUAUUCUUCCCUUGUACUGUAUGCAUGCAACUGGAAUAAUUGCCUAUUCUUCCCUGGUUCAACGCUGCUUCCAUUUCCCCCUCCCCCUGCCUCUGUUGUCUCCUUUGUGUGACUUUACAGAUUUGUAAGCCCUUUAAUUUAAUAAAGUGCCAUGCAGAGAGGUGAUAUUGUAUGAUAAUAAAACAUACAAAUGGUGUGAGUGUGUUUUCUGAGUGUUAUCUUUUAGAUCCAACUUACUGCUUGAGGAAUAUUUGAUUUCUAAAUAAACAUCCUGAUAAAAUAUUGAGGCUUUUCUCCCUCCCCCAACUACUUGCUGUUUGCCAUCUUUUAGAUGAACUUGAAGCUGUUUACUCUGUUCACUCUAUACACAUUGAGGGUUAGUGUGUGUAUUUAUCAUGCUAAUUUGUACCAAGUCUUUGGGUGGUUCUAAAAUAGCUAUUUAGAUCUUGUCCCAGGUCUCCAUGCUGGAAGGGAAGGAGAGAACAUCUGAAACUCGCCAACCUCCUUGUUCCAGAAUCCAAUCACUUCCUCAUUUUUGAUGAGGCAUCCUUGGUAUAGAGCAUAGCAUAAUAAUAAUACCACAGUGACUGUUCUAAACUCCAAGCCAGCUGAGUACCAGCCAUCAUUUUUUUUUUCAUCCUGGCUCCAGCAUGAGAGGGGGACAACAUCAUUUAAGGCAGAUGAUUCCCUUCUCUCCCUCCCUAACACAACAUUAAGGCAACUAUGAAAGCAUUAGCACAGGGUCUGAUUUUCCAACUUCAGUCACACCUCAUGUUACGUCUGUUUCAUGUUACGUUCUUUCAGGAUACGUCCUGCGGUGACCCGGAAGUACCGGAAAGGGUUACUUCCGGGUUUCGCCGCUCGUGCAUGUGCAGAUGCGCAAAAUGAUGUCACGCGCAUGCGCAGAAGCGGCGAAUCACAGCCCUCAUGUGCGCAGACACACCGCUGUGGGUUGUGCUCUUUUCAUGUUGCGAACGGGCCUCCAGAACGGAUCCCGUUCGCUACCAGAUGUACCACUGUACUUGGAUUCUUUUACUCUCAGGGAAUGGCUCUAGUUCUCUUUAACUAGAGAGCUCAGCCAACAUGUGCUUUGUAAACUCUCAUUUAGACACAUCUCUGGGGGAUGGGGAGCUGUUGCCUUCAAUCUGUGUUAUACCCUUGGUGUUCUUGUCCUUUAGGUCAACUCCUCAAGUUUAGACCUAAGAACACAAGUUCUUCAGUUCGUACAAGAUCAAAUGCAGACUACUAUGGUAACGUUUGAGCCUGUGUGUUUGUUUAAUUUGGAUUGAAGGAAUGGGUUUCUGUUCGGUCAGUUUGAAACUGACCCAAAAUCCCCAUUUUUCCUCCUCCAAGGGAGCAUUUCUAAAAUGCAUUAACUUGAGCUCUUGAGUCAAUGCAUAAACAGAAAGCCAGCUGUAUAAACAAGUCCUCAAAGUCCUCUCCCUUAUCAGUCCGUGACAGCAAUGAGUGGCCAUACCAGUUCCAGUAGAGCAGGGAUGGAGCGUCUGGGUCUUAUCUUACAUCCUGACCACAAAAGACGCACAGACCUUGUCAAGUUUGACAAGAGACCCGGGAACGGUGCCACGAGCGUUCUUAGAGUUGGUGACCUCCUGCCCCAAGAUAAGAGUAUAGGAAGAGGAACAACCUUUUAUGGUCAAAAGUGCCGGAACAGGAAUAACUGUUUAUGGUCAUGGAUGUCAACUUACGUGUAUAAGCUGACGUGCUUGAAUUCCUGGGGUGUCAUUUGACCUCAGUGUCUUCCUUCCUCCCUCCCGGGAGCAAUGCAAACCCCAGCAGUCGGUAAAGUCUAAUAAGGCUACAGGAUGCUUCUGAAAGGCACCAAAGAGCUUAACUGGGUCUUGAUCUGGCUUCAGGUUUCUUUUAUGCAGUGCUUUGCACUCCCCAUUUUUCGUGCCGUCUUACGUAUUAAGGUAGCUAUGUUGCUUUUGUGUCUCCUCAGUGGUGUAGUGGUGGCUGGUGCCCAUUGGAACUGGUAGAGCAGAAGGCAACAACAACAACAACAACAACAACAACAACAACAACAACAAUAAUAAUAAUUUAUUAUUUAUACCCCACCCAUCUGGCUGAGUUUCCCCAGCCACUCUGGGUGGCUCCCAAUCAAGUGUUAAAAACAAUAUAGCAUUAAAUAUUAAAAACUUCCCUAAACAGGGUUGCCUUCAGAUGUCUUUUAAAGAUAGGAUAGCUGCUUAUUUCCUUCACAUUUGAAGGGAGGGUGUUCCACAAGGUGGGCGCCACUUCCGAGAAGGCCCUCUGUCUGGUUCCCUGUAACCUCACUUCUUGCAAUGAGGGAACCGCCAGAAGGCCCUCGGUGCUGGAUCUCAGUGUCCGGGCUGAACGCUGGGGGUGGAGACGCUCCUUCAGGUAUACAAGACCGAGGCCGUUUAGGGCUUUAAAGGUCAGCACCAACACUUUGAAUUGUGCUCGGAAACAUACUGGGAGCCAAUGCAGAUCUCUCAGGACCAGUGUUAUGUGGUCCCGGUGGCCACUCCCAGUCACAGUCUAGCUGCCGCAUUCUGGAUUAAUUGCAGUUUCCGGGUCACUUUCAAAGGUAGCCCCACGUAGAGCACAUUGCAGUAGUCCAAGCGGGAGAUAACUAGAGCAUGCACCACUCUGGCCAGACAGUCUGCGGGCAAGUAGGGUCUUAGCCUGCGUACCAGGUGGAGCUGGUAGACAGCCGCCCUGGAUACAGAAUUAACCUGCGCCUCCAUGGACAGCUGUGAGUCCAAAAUGACUCCCAGGCUGCGCACCUGGUCCUUCAGGGGCAUAGUUACCCCAUUCAGGACCAGGGAAUCCCCCACACCUGCCCGCCCCCUGUCCCCCCAAAACAGUACUUCUGUCUUGUCAGGAUUCAACCUCAAUCUGUUAGCCCCCAUCCUUUCUUUUAUGCAGUGUCUUGCACUCCCCAUUUUUCGUGCCAUCUUACGUGUGAAGAGCAGAAGGCAAGGAGCCCAAUAGUAGGUGGAGCCAGAGCCAAUGAGACACAGAGCCAACCAAUUCUAGUUUUGUCCUCCUCCUCCUGAAUCAGUUCUAAAAGGGCAACACUUAGGAGGAUGAGAUAGCUGACAGGCAGUGCCAUCCUCUGGACUGGUUGUAAGUAAGAAGGCAGGGCAUGUGAGGGCUGUCUGGGCAGACUGAGGUUCAUGAGGCUGUGCCUCAUUUGUGUCGGAACCUGCGUUCAACCGAGCUCCUCCGGAAUCGCCCUCCGACGUGAUUAACGACCUGAGCCUCUGAUAAGGCUCCAAGCACGUUCCCAUUCAGCAGAGUUUCAAAGCAGCAGAAGUGAUGAGAUUUAUGAGCUACAUCGCAAGGUUUUAUUUUCUAGCGACGCAGACAGAAAAGAAACACAUCCCCUCUCUGUGAAAGCAGAAAGCAACUGAACAACAAAGGAACAGGAAACCAGUAACAUCACAUCUGUCUCCCGUGAGACUUCCAACAGUAUGGAAUCUCUGGAAUGUAAACAGAGUCUUGUGACUCCAAGCACUGCACAGUGGCAACACAGAGAAACCAACAAUUUGCUCUAAUGGACCAGCCUUUACUAUGGUGUAUCCUAUACAGGUGUAUCAAGACAACAGGUCCUGUUUGGCUUUUCUAGCCUCAGAGAGUUGCAAGCAAAGAACCAAGUACUUGCAGAUUAAGUUACAUCGUGCAAGGGAGUCCAGAAAGGACUCAUUCAGUUGUCCUACAUGCCAGGAAACAAAAUUCCUGCAGAUCUGUUGUCUAAGGUUGUUAACAGAGAACAACUUAAGGUUUAUGUACAGCGGUUGCAGUUGGGUUGAAAUACUGCGACACAGGUGACACAGGUUACACGGAAAGGGGGAGGAUGUUAGAAUAUUCCGUUCUACCUUUAGGAACAGGCAUGACUGUUGUGCGUCACAUGCCUAUUUACACUCCAGCACAGCUUGCUGGGAACUUCCGUUUGUGUAUAGCUAUGGCUUUUAGCUGUUCUUGCUUUGGAAGUUAAGGAGAGAAGAUAUGUUUCCUUUGUCCUAACAUAUUCUGAAUAAACUGCUUGUAAAUAUGCUCACACAGCCUCUCCCUGCCCUUCUGUUGCAAAGCGUUUUACUGUGCUGGCUUGCGUGCUCAGAUUCUGAAGGCAUCUGAAGCUCGGGUCGCAGUUUCAUGCUGAUCCAAGGACUGGAGAUCGCCUGGCACACCAGCCAGUGGGCUGGGGCCAGCUGGGGGCCUGCCAAUCGCCCCCGGUUCCUUGGCUGCAUCCCAACAGUGCCAUCCCCUGGACUGGUUGUAAGAAGGCAGGACACGUGAGGGCUGUCUGGGCAGACUGAGGUUCAUGAGGCUGUGCCUCAUUUGCUCUAAUGGACCAGCCUUUACUAUGGUAACCUAAUCAGAAGUUCUUUUGUGGGAAAACUGAGGAGUGUUAUAACUUACUCUUUUUUUUGUGGCCCACAUUGUAACUGGGCUUGGUGGCCAACUCAAAAUGUUUAAGUCAUGACACUCUACCAAGAGGAGGCUUAUGUGUGGCCUUCAAGCUGGGGCUUUCAAAAUGUAGCACAGGGUCAGGGACAGUCCCCUGAAUCACAUUCAGAACUAACCUAAGAAAAUUGCUGGAUCACACCAAAGGCCCAUCUAGGUCAGGAUUCUAUUCUCAUGGUGUUCAGAUGCCUGUGGGAAGCCCGCAAGCAGCGUAUGGGUAGCAGUGCCCUCCUGCUGCAGUGUACCCCAAUCAUAAAUAUUUAGAGGCAUGCUACUUCUGAUCAUGGUGGUGACACACAACCAUCAUGGCUAGUAGCCAUUUCUAGCCUUAUUCUUCAUAAAUAUGUCUAAUCAUAAGAACAUUACAUGAGUCUGCUGCCGAAAUAGGCCAUUGGUCUGUCUAGUCCAACAUCCUGUUCUUCCAGUGGCCAGCCAGAUGCCUGUGGGGAAUCCCACAAGCAGGACCUGAGGAAAAGAGCAAUCUCCCCUUCUGCUGUUUCUAGCAAGUAGUGUGCAGAAGCAUACUGCCUCUUAUUGUGGAGGCAAAACAUACCCAUCAUGGCUAGUAGCCAUUGAUAGAAUUAUCCUCCAUGAAUUUGUCCAAUCCUCUUUUAAAGCCAUCCAAGUUUGUGGCCUUUGCCACCUCCAGCAGGAGCACAUUUCAUAGUUUAAUUAUACAUUGCACGAAGAAGUACUUUCUUGUAUCUGCCCUGAAUGUCCUAACAUUCAUCUUUAUUGAAUGUCCACGAGUUAUAGUGUUAUGAGAGGAGAAAAAAAUUCUCUGUCCCCUCUUAAAGCUAUCUCAAAUUGGCAUCUUGUGGUUAUGAAGGCCAUAAUUUCACACUGUGUGAAGAAGUGCUUCUUAUUUUCUGUCCUGAGUAAACGAACAUCCCUGCCCUGCCCUCCAGUUCCAAAGCUGAGGAGGAUGGCUGAAACUUGUCACACUCACCAAAGCACAACAGCACAGUCAGUUCUGACAGUCAGUUAUGAUAUGGUAUUUAGAGGGGAACCACAAAACUCAAGAUGAAAAUACAAUAAAUAUAUGGUUGUAUCCAAUAAUGGUCUAAGUGUAGCAUGUCACUGGCAUUUGACCCCCAGAAGGUUGCCCAAAAGGGAAUGCAGCCCUCUGGGUGAAAAAUGUUAUCCACCAUGUUUCAGAAAGACAGAUGUGUAAAUGACCCUGGCAUCUCUCUUGAUGAAGGAUGGUUUAGAAAUCACACUUUAAAUAAAUGGAACAAAUAAUAAUUAGUUGUUUGGUUGACUUUGCCAGCUGCAACAGAUGUUUUCCUCCUCAGAAAUGUGUUCCUAGUACGGCUUGAGGAAAGGGUUAGGUGGAGAAGAAUGUCAUUAUUAUUUUAAAAAAUGAUAUUUAUUGAAUUUUUUUUAAAUUACAAAAAAAGACAAAACAGAAAAAGAAAAAAUAAAUCCAUCAUUCUCAAAUUCUCCACUUUCAUUACCUUCUUUCUUUGACCUCCUCCUCCCUUUUCUUGUAUCCUAAUUAAUAAUUAUCGCAGCAAAUCCUUUCCAUAAUUCAUAAUAUUCUGUCAUUACAUUACCUUAAUCUAUUUUCAUCUUAUCUUAUAGAAAACCUUAAAACUUAAAACUUAAAUCUUAUUUUUACCAACUUCUCAUAACCAUAAUAUUCUUACCUAAUUCUUUAAACAUUUAUACUAGAGCCAAGUAAUUUCGUUCCAACAUUUUUCUAACAUUCAUCAAUUUUAUAAAACAAUCCUAGUAAGAAAAAAAAAGAAAUAAAAACAAUCCAAUCUUCAUCCAGCGUCCCUUCCUCCUGGUCCCGGGUUUUGUCAGUCCUUUUUAUCCCAUUGAUCUAGCGCAUUAACCUGGUGACCUUAUAUCCGAGGCCCUCAAGUCUCUUCCAUGUCCCUUCCUCAUAUUUUCCUUUCACUCGUGGGAACUCCAGCUUGGUAAUGUUUUUGACCCUUUUCAACAAAUCAGCCCCUUUUCCAUAGUCCAGACUAAACUCCAUGUGGUAUUUAAAGACAUGUUUCAGAUUCCCUCCAAAAUUGAGAGCCCCCACAGCUCCAAACAUCUGACGGCCCAUUGCCAGACUUGGAAAGUCCAAACAUCCCUGCAUGGGGGGGUCAGUCCAACCCCCCAUUUCCAAACCAAUCCAAACUUUAUCUUUCCAAAUCUGGUUUUUUCCAAGUUCAUUUGUUAAAUCCAAAGGCUCAUAUUCCUGCAGGGCCGAAAAUCCCUCCCUUUCUGGCGCCCAAGAUUCAGCAACGUCCUCUUCUCUCAUCUGUUCUGUCAGGGCACACUCCUGUUUUAGUUCCUGGGUGGGCUCCAUAUAGUUUCCCACUACCUGUUCAAAAGUUCUGACCGCAUUAGUCAUCAAAUCCGUCUUCUGACUUAACUGAUCCAAUAGGGCAUUUGUUUUACAGAGAGCACACAACAGAGCUUCUGAAAACAUUGUCCUGCAAGGUCACAAGUCCUUUCCCACGGUUGUAAUCUGUGGCAGCUGCAAGCUCCCUGGAAUUAGUUACAGUUUCACAGUCUCCCUCUAGGGGGAAAACUUCUGGUUGUUCUUUCUUUUAAGGACAAUAGCAACAAAGUUUCUUUUUUAGGAUAUUUUGUCAAUAUUUGUUCCUUUAAAAUGCGAAAGGAAACAAUGGAAUCACAAUGUUUCUCUUCUUUUAGAUAUCUGUCAGAGACAUUUGUCUCUGGUCAAUGAGCUUCAAACAUCAGUUCUGACACCCCGCUCCAGGAUCAGGACGGUGGAAAGUUACUUUGCUUUAAACUCACUUCUGCAGGUUUAAACAGUCCAAAAAAGAUCCCCCUUCUUCUCCUGCUACCGAAGGGGGGUUCAACAAUUUUAAAUGAUGAAAGCCAAUCCUUUGGAAGUGAUUUUCUAAGCUCUAGUUUACAUUGUCUUUGCUUUAUUCUGACUACAAAGAAACGGAAGGCUGACUUCCUGUUUAGACCUUCCCGUUUCAGUACCAAAUUGAAGUGUAUUUUUAAGUCCAGUUCCUUUCUGCUCGCCAGUUCUUAUUUAAAGUCCAAUUGUUCAAUGUUUAAGUACUCACGGGUGAUUAUUUUAGAUGCCAAAUUGUCCCAGGAAAAAGGCAGCGCUCUCCGGCAAUGGCUAUGUGGCUUCGCUCCACGGAAAAAGCAAUUGACUCACAGCACUGCGCCACUUCCCCCUCUUCGCUUCGGAGCCCGUUAGUGGGUUCCUUUGCGGGUUGGGGGGGCGCUAAGGGUGCCCGCCGAGUCCCAUGGUCACAGGCUUCAUCCGCCUGUGAUUUCUAAAAGGGUCCCCGCUUCGCCGUAGCGGAAAAGACCCGUUUCGCGCGGAGCUGGUCCCUCCAAUUCAGAGGGAGUCCGCCAUUGCCGAUGGCGCCACCCCGGAAGUCCCCUAGGUGGAGAAGAAUGUCAAUGCCUAAGACUCCUCUUGUCUCUUCUUCCCACAGUUAACUGGAAUAAUCAUCGGUGCAACAGUUGCCCUGCUGCUCAUUGGGAUCGUUGUGUAUUUUGUUUACAGGAAGGUGAAGCAAUCAAGUAAGUCUGAUCACUUUGGUUGAGAGCUGACGUGCUGUCAUAGAAUUUGGAGGGUUCCUUUGCAGUGUGAUCCCAUAUUAAUGCUCAAAAGAGCAUGUAAAUAGAUCGACUUCCUGGUUAGCGCCUCUGGCAAUGGCGGAUUUCCUCUGAUUGGGAGAAAUCCGCUCGGUGGAAAUUAGGGUCUGAACCGCCACGGCGAGGCGGAGACCCACUAAAAACCACAGGCAGGAGAAGCCUGUGAAUGUGGGAUUCGGCUGGCACCUUUUGCGCCUCCCCUACUCGCGGGGAAACCCGGUUUCGGAGAUCCGGAGCGACGUGGGGUGAGCGGCGCAGUGCUUCAAAUCGACUGCUUCUUUCACGGAGUGAAGCCGCAUUGCUGUUGCCAGAGAGCGCUGACUUUUUCCUGUGGACAAUUGGACUCUAAACAACUACCCGUGAGUAGAACGGAAAAUUGGAUUUCUAAACUUCUUAAAUUGGCAUCGAAACGGGAAGGUCUCAAACAGGAAGUCUGCCUUCCUCUUUUGUAAAUAGAGUAAAGCAAAGACGUUGCAAGCUAAAGCCUGGAAAGUUUUCUGUAAAGGAUUAAAUCUCCAUCGGUUAAAAUAACUAAACCCCCCUUGGAAGCAGGAGAAGAGGGGGGAAAUUCUAUUGUUUAAGCCUGCAGGAGAGAGAGUGAAGAAAGAUAAAUCACCACCGUUUCGAACCUGGGAACGGACUGUCAGUAAGAUUGACGCUUUGGGAAAGUUCAUUGACUGAGAACAAAACGAUGUUGACAGUUAAAUAAGAGCAAUACAUUGUUUCAAUUGUUUCCUUUUAUAUUUAAAAAGGAGGAAAAAAAGUAACUGAAAAUUGAAACUAGCUCGGUGGCUGGAUCUGUGCUUAAAAGGAUGGAUACAAAUAGAAAUUGUUCCCUUUAGAGGGAGCUUUUGGAACUGUUGCAGGAGUGGAGCUGGGGAAUUUUCCAGCUGCAGAGAUUAAAGAGUGUGAGAACUAGAGUUUGACCUUGGACAAGAAUGUUGACAGAAGAAGCCCUAGUGAUUGCAUUUUGCAAGACAAGUGCUUUAUUGGAACAGCUUCAUGAGAAGAUGGAUGUGAGGAUUAUUAAAAUUGACAAUUUGGGACAAAAAUUGACCGAGUUGGGACAAAAAGGGAAUACUUAUACAGAAAUUACUCAGGAAUUGACCCAGGAAUCUGUUUUGACAUGGCAAGCUGUGGAGAAGACGAAGGAGAAAGUUGUUGUUGAAUUUCAAGUAAUUCAAGUGGAGGGAGCCCCGGUCUCCCAGAGGCAAUUUGAUGAACAUAAGCUGUUGCCUUUUAUGAUCGAAUCUAGAGAAAGUCAGAUUUGGUGGGAUGGAGCCCUGCUUGGAUUGGAGAAGGAAAGUUGGCUAGAUCCUCCUAUGCAGGGAUGCUCUGGCCUUUGGGACCUGGAUUUGGGUCAGGGGGAGAGUGGCGCUCUGAAAUAUCUUUUGGACUUUAGUUCUGACUAUGGAGAAUGGGCUGACCUGUUGAGAAGGAAUAAAGACAUUGCUAGGUUGGAGCUCCCCCGAGAUCUACUCCUCAGUGCCAAAGGAAGGAAAUUAAGACCAAGAUCAGCAGAAGACAAAGUAAUGUGCAUGGAUAUAUAUGAAGAAGAUCUGCAGAAGGGACAGGGAAGAGAGUUAAGAGCCUCGGACAGAAGGUCACCAGGUUAAUGGACUAUAUGGUAUUGAUAGAAAGGGCUGACAGAAUCCGAGACCAGGGAGAGGAGACGGUGGAAGAGGAUUGGAAAAAAAGCAUAUUUUUUUUAAAAAAAACUAUUUAGAGAAAUGUUGCAAAAUUAAUGAGUGUUAGAAAAAUGUUGGAAUGAAAUUAUAUGGUUUUAGUAGAAAUGUUAUAAGGAGUUAAGUAUAAAUAAGUUUUAGGGUUUUAAUGGUAAGAUAAGGUUAAAAUAAAUUAAGAUAGUCAAAUGACAGGAAAUAGUGAAAGAAGGAAAGGAUUUGCUGAAAUAAUUAACAACUAGAAUACAAAAAGGGAGGUGUGAGGAGGUCGAUGAAACAAGUUAAUGAAAGAUAAAGAUAUGGAAAUAUUGGAUAUGUUUUUAACUGUUUUUGCUUUUGUUUUGAUGUAUCGUGUUUUUUAUGCUUUUCUUUUUUAUGUAUAUGUAUUGUAAUGUGUUGAUUUGUACUGUUUAUUUUUUCUUUUUCUUUUUUUCUUUUCCCCCCUUUAAUUCUUAAACUUUCAAUAAAUAUUAUUUAAAAAAAAACAAAAAACAAAAGAGCAUGUAAAUAAAGCACGGAGCUCCACCAUCCACUUGUUGAGUUAGUGUGGGAUUGAGCCCAGCUUCUCUUCAGGCCAGAGGAGGUUUCAGUACUCCCCUCCAGUGCUUUUUAUCUAUUCAACUUGUGCAGCUAACAAAAACAUGCUGUGAAUUCUUACUAUAGUGGUAACAUAAAAAAGCAAGCAGCAUACUACUUCUUACUUUCUUGUUUUCUUAUCUACUCUCCCUUUAAGAUAAAAAAUAGAGGUGGGGAACUUGUAGCCCUCCAGAUGUUGUUGAACUACAUCUCCCAUCAUCCCUGACCAUUAGCCAUUCUGGCUGGGGCUGCUGGGAUUUGGAGUUCAUACCUCUGGAGGUAGCAUUAAAAACCAUCCUAUUAGGAGCAUGCCCUGGAAGUGUGCUUUCAUCAUAAACUCUGGAAACAUGGUGGUAGGGUCUUGCCUCAUUGGGCACCUGGAGCUUGGGUCAUGACUCCUCCAUGCUGGUCCUCCUUUACCUUGCUGAUGGCACCUGUUCACCCGCCCUUCUCUGAGCAUGUAGGUGGUGACAAGAGCGAGGAAACAGCACCCUCCAUUUGCCUUGGUCUCUCCAUCUGGGCAGUUUUAUGGAUUGGGUCCAGAGGAAACAAGCAAGCAAAUGUAUGGUAAUGACAGUGGUGAGGAGGAUGUCUACUGAGGGCAUCUUGUCAGAAGCCCCACCACCACCACCCAAAUGUUGGAGCCUACAAACAUCUCAAAACAUAAAUGGGCCUCCCAACAUUCUGACCCAGGGGGAGAGGUUAGAGUGUAUUGGCCUGAUAUUUCUCUCCAUCCAGGGCAGUGGCUUAGCUGUACAGGGGUAAGUGGGCAAGCUGCGCUUGUGUGUUUUAGGCUCUCACUCUUCACAAAGGAGCUACAGGAUGAUGAGCCUUCUCUCUUUCAGAGCAACCUCAGCCACAUGUGCCUCAGUACAUGUUUUGCAAGAGAGACAAAGUCAUGUUCUACAACCGCAAGAUCAUGCACAAGGUAAGGUUGCUGGUGACCAGCUGGAGGCUAGCAGCAAGCUCAGACUGA